AUGUUUAUGUUGUCUAUGCAGACCACUGGACUUGUAGGAUUGGCUGUAGCUGAAAACCCUCAUGAGCGCCUACGAAUACUGUACACAAAAAUCCUUGGUGUCCUGCAAAACAUUCCCAAAGAUGCAGCAUAUAGGAAAUACACUGAGCAGAUUGUAAAUCAACGAUUUAAUUUGGUGCAAAAGGAGACUGAUGUGCAAAAGCUACAGGACAAACUGAAUAGUGGUCACAUAGAAGAAGUCAUUGUACAGGCUGAAAAUGAGCUUUCCCUGGCAAGAAAAAUGAUACAGUGGAAACCGUGGGAGCCUCUAGUUGAAGAACCUCCUUCUGACCAGUGGAGAUGGCCAAUAUAAUUUUCAAAAUGGUGUGACCUCUUGAAAGUAAAAAAAAAAAAGUUAAUUAUUAAUCUAUUGUUACUGACAGUUGUCUUUAAAUUAAA